CUUGCACCAUGUCGCUGUCUCUGCUGCUGCUGCUGCUGCUGCUGCUGGGCAGCUCCCAGACAUCUCAUUUUAUGGGAACGGUCAUGACCUUCUACCCAAAAGACCGCAGCCCAGAUGGAUCGGUCACGGUCGUCCUUCGCUAUAAGUUGAACUUCGAAUCUCGAGGCCCCGACGCGUGGAGGUGCUUCAGUGGGAACUGUGGGAGUCAGAGUUCUUUGACGCUGAACAGAGUGUACCAGGAGAGCAGCGCAAAGUGGUACCAGGAUGAGGGAGUCAUGACUCGGCAGGUUCCUGACAGCGGAGCUUUUCAGCUGUGGUUGAGCGGUGCUGCCUGGAUAAGUAACAGAAAUGGCAUCUUAUCAUGGAGAGCCGUGACACUGGUGGAUCUGAGGAACCGUUCCGACACCAGCAGGUCCAACGCGUCCCCUCAGACCACCAUCCUGCCAAUUGUGAGAGUUCCUUCAAACUGUCAGAGAGAUUUCAACCUGUUGGCGUUUGACCCUGACGGAGACGAGGUUCGAUGCAGAUAUGGAAAAGCACCACUGUCAGAGUGUAGCCCCUGCACGCCACCGUCUGUCCUCCGCCUCUCACCAUCGUGUACUCUGUCAUUCGGCGCCACCACCAGCAGUGAUGAAGGUCCGUACGCAGUCCAGCUGGUGAUGGAGGACUUUCCCAGACAGACGAUCACCCUGAAUCAAGGCGGAAGCUUCCAGACGAACAUAACUACAAACAACGCUAUCAGCAAAAUACCUGUCCAAUUUGUUCUACAGGUGGAUCCUGCGGUGCCAUCCUGCAAAGAGGGACUCUAUCUGCCAGCGUUCCUGCCUCCAACACCGGCCAACAGAGCUCGACUCUACACCCCCGUCAAUCAGACUCUGGACAUCAGCAUUAACGCAGCUGCAAAUUUCUCUAUGGUCUCUGAGCUGCUGUUCAGCGGGCCGCACAACGUGAACCAGACCAGAUCAGGACCAGGUCAGUUUACCCUGAGCUGGACGCCGUCUCAGAGCGAGGAGGGAGAGAGCCAACCCAUCUGCUUCAUUGUCCAAGCACUUUCCAAUUCAACAAAGUAUCACUCUGAGCUGCGAUGUGUCAUCGUCAGUGUUGGAAACGAUCCAUCACCAAGCGCUGCACCAACUUCAGAGGGACCUACACCAUCAGAGGGGUCUACGCCAUCGUCCCAACCAAUUGUCAUUCGCUUGACGGCGAGGAUUUCCUCUGUGGUGGCUCUGACUGAGGAAGACAUCAGGAGUACGGUCGUACAGCAGCUUAAAAACGAACUGGUGAAACUCGGAUUGACACCCAGCACAAAUCUGACGUUACUGGGGAAGGUGUAACUGGAAAUUACAGCCAAUGGGGACCCCUGCUGAUUCAUCGUGGUCACCUAUCCACUCGUGAACAAAAUCUAAGAAGUUUUCAUUUAAAUUUAAAGGUUGAACUGGGGAAACUGGGUAUGGUUUUAUCAAGGUCCAUUUAGUAGCUGUUCUUGGUCUUUUAAUGAUGUCUCCUGAUCUUCAUUAACAAAUGGGAUUGCCCUAGUGGACAUUGAUUGAACUGUAAAUGUUCAAAUUUCUUUACAGUGUUUAAACUUUUCUGAUCAUCACUAUUAUUUUUAACAAAGUAAUGUUUUAGACCAGGGGUGUCCAAACCUUUUGUCCCAAGGACCACAUACAAAAAAAAUGCGAAGGACUGGGCCACGCCCCCCCCCCAUUCCCCUGCCCUGGAGCGGAUUGUUGACAGUGCAACUCAACCGCGCCGCUCAGGGCGGGAGGGCGUGGCGGCCUUCUGAGGGACAGCUGGCAAGUCAGGGGUGAGUUUGGCGCCACCUUGUGUCUAAACUGAGAAGUGCAAUACAGUGGGCCAUGGUCCAUUGUGUUACAUUACAUUUCAUUUAGCUGACGCUUUUGUCCAAAGCAACUUACAAUAAGUGCAUCAACCCCGAGGGUACAAACCCAGAACAACAAGAAUCAAGACAGUACAAUUUCUUAAAAAAGUAAAGCAAAACUACAAAGUGCUAUAAGUAAGUGCCAUUUAAGUGCUUCAAAAUUGUUAGUUUAAAAAAUUGCUAGUUUUUUUUACAUUUUUUAUAUAUUAUAUUUUUAGACUUUGAUGCGGGCCAAUAAGAAAUGGAUGGCGGGCCGCAGUUGGCCCGCAGGCCGUAGUUUGGACACCCCUGUUUUAGACUAUUCUUCAUAUUUCUAUCAGUCUGUUGCUUGACCUGUCUCUGGAAGCUCACCUGCUGGUGACGUGUUUUUUUCCCGGCUACCAAACACGACCGUAUUGUCGUUUUGUGAAAAUAUAGCUGAUAUUCAACCUUUAAAAAGCCAUAGACUAAAACCAGAAUUACACAAUAACAUUUCCUUGGUGCUUAAGACAUGUGCCAGGUUCUGGAUUUAAAUAAGUAAAUCCAACGACUCUACAUGCUGCAUAUUUUACUGAUCUUUCCUCAUGUUUUACGUGACAGUUACAGAAUCCAAGGUUAAAGAUGCUAAAUGUAUGUUUUAAUAAAAACAUAAUUUGUUUAACCUCA